AUGGAAGUACUGCAGGAGAAGGCCGACGAGGCACCUGAAAAGGAAAUCUUCAUCCAACGAUUUGUAGACGGUGGAAGAAGAUCACUGACAUACAAAGAGCUACUGAAUAGGUCAUCAUUAGUCGCCAAACAUCUUAUCUCUGAAGGAAUCGUCGUGGGGGACAACAUAGCCAUUAUUGGUCCAAAUUCCAUCGAGUGGAUUAUAGGCCAGUUUGCGAUAUUUUCAUCUGGAGCCAUUGCUGUGCAGAUAAACAAAACAGCAGAAUCGUUCGUUGAGACAAUGGAGCUUUUAAAAACUUUAAAAAUUAAAGCUGUUCUGCUUGAUCCUGAAUCUAACAGAGAGUAUGUACAGGCCAUGGAAGAAUAUUUUAUCACUGGGAAACCUCAACGAGAUCAACCAAGAGUUUUAUUAUUACAGAAAUCAGCACUGUCUUCUCUCACUUCACUGAGUGACAUUACCCUGACAGUCGACGAAGCAUCUGUUCUAUUACCCAGAAUACAACCAGAGAGUAGCGCCAUGAUUUAUACAACUUCCGGUUCCACAGGAUUUCCUAAAAUGGUCGAAAUGACUCACAUGGCUGUUGUAAAUGCGUCAUACAUCGCCUUCUUGGGAACAGGAGGUAACCUUUCAGACGGUACCUGUUAUAACGACUGUCUCUUUCCUUGGAUAGGAGGCUCGCCAAUAUUCAAUGCUCUCAAUGGGAAUACACGAGUGUUUGUGGACCCUCCAAUAAGCCUAAUGGAACGACACAUUGUAACUGUUUGGAAUAUUAUCAUGACUGAACAAUGUUCCAACGCAAUAUUUUUUCCUCAUACUGUGCUCGAUUUGAUUGAAAAUCAGGACGAAAUCCAGAAAUUGGGUUACCAGUUGUAUGGCAUUGCUACCGGGGGACAGUUGAUCAACAAAAGUCUCACCAAAAUCUGCGGUAAACUCACAGAGAAGCUUUUCGUUGACUACGGCUCCACCGAAGUAGGAAUUGUGUCGUUUACAGAACUCUCACCAGAGAUGGAGAUUGGAUAUGUCGGGCCGCUCUUACCUGGAUACGAAGUCAAAAUCACUGGGGAAAAUGGUGGAGUACUGGACCGUGGCAGUUUGGGUGAAAUUAACAUAAGAUCGCGAUGGAUGUUGAAGACCUACCGGAAUUCCUCAAAGCUCAAUGAGGCUUGUUUUACUGAUGGUGGCUGGUUUCGAACUGGAGAUAUCGGCGUCAUUAGUAUGGAAGACAAAUUAUUUGUGAAAGGCAAGUCUGCUGAUGUCAUUAAACGGGGAGGUGUAAAGGUCGUAGCUAGUGUCGUGGAAGAAGCCAUGAUGAAAUUACCAGAAAUACGGGAGGCUGUAGUUCUGUCUGUGCCGGACGCCCGACUGUUUGAGGAAGUUUGCGCAUGUUACGUCAUGGAGGUCUUUGCACAUGAAAUAGAACUUGACCAGAUAUGUAAGGGGAGUCUUGGAGACAACGUUUUGGGCAGUUCUCCUUCCCUCUUUCUCCGUUUCGUUAAUUUUCCAAGGCUGAAAAAUGGCAAGACCGAUAAAGUGUUUCUCAAACGACUGGUCAUGGAAAGAUUGAAGCAGGCUUGA